ACAACCCCACCAGAAGCGGGUUGAGUCUCAUCUCUAAAGCCAGAACUCACAGAAACUGAACCCGAACACAGACAUGGGAUCUUACAGGACUUUAACCUUACCGCUUCUCAGUUUGUUGGGAUUGACGCUGAUCUCCGCCUUCAACCUGGACACAGAAAACGUUAUCAGGAAAACGGGAGAUGCCAACAGCUUGUUCGGGUUCUCCAUGGCUAUGCACCGACAACUGAGACCAGCUGAUAAAAGAAUGUUGCUUGUUGGUUCCCCAAAGGCAAAAGCAUUGUCCAAGCAGGCGUCAAAAAUUACAGGAGGCUUGUACAACUGUGACAUAAACAUUCCUGGUCAGUCAUGCCAACGAGUGAUGUUUGACAAUGAAGAAAAUCUGCAGGUUGAAAAUAAACAGAACCAGUGGAUGGGAGUUACUGUACAGAGCCAGGGUCCUGGAGGAAAGAUAUUGGUCUGUGCACAUCGAUACCAGCGGCGCUUAUUUGUGGGCUCAGUUCAGGAACUGCGUGACUUGACAGGUCGUUGCUAUGUACUUAGUGAGGAUUUGACGGUUAAUUUGGCCUCAGAUGAAGAUGGAGGGGAUUGGAUGUUCUGCAAUGGGAGAAACAGAGGGCACGAGCGGUUUGGAUCAUGCCAGCAGGGCCUGUCCGCCACAUUCACAAAGGACUAUCACUAUCUGGUGUUUGGAGCACCAGGCGCUUACAACUGGAAAGGAAUUGUGCGGUUGGAGCAGAAGAACAGCUCCCUGUUUGAAAAGGAUAUCUUUGAUGACGGCCCAUAUGAAGUUGGAGAUGAAAACCGACUUGAUGCAGAUCUAGUCCCUGUUCCUGCUAACAGUUAUUUAGGUUUCUCUCUGGAUUCUGGAAAAAUGCUGACUAAGAGAGGUCAGUUGACUAUAGUUGCUGGGGCUCCAAGAGCCAAUCACAGUGGGGCAGUUGUGCUGUUAAAGAAGGAUGAUGCUAAAUCCUCAUUAUUGACGGCUGAGUACACCCUAGAGGGUAGUGGACUUGCCUCUUCUUUUGGUUAUGACCUUGCAGUGCUUGACAUCAAUGGAGAUGGGUGGCAAGACAUUGUAGUCGGAGCACCUCAGUACUUCAUUAAAGAUGGUGAUAUUGGUGGAGCAAUCUAUGUUUAUCUUAAUGAGGAAGGAGCUUGGGACAAGAUUACUCCAAAGAGAAUUGAUGGAGCUGCUUAUUCCAUGUUUGGUUUGGCUGUGGAAAACAUGGGAGAUGUGAAUCUGGAUGGAUAUCAAGAUGUUGCUGUAAGCGCCCCAUAUGACAGCAAUGGAGCUGGAAACGUGAUUAUCUUUCACGGUUCACCACAAGGACUGAAAAAAUCCCAGGUACUUGGAGGAAAAGAUCACAAUGUGAAACUCUUUGGAUACUCUCUUGCUGGGAACAUGGAUUUGGACAGAAAUAAUUACCCUGAUUUAGCCAUUGGAUCUCUCUCUGAUUCAGUGUUUGUGUACAGGUCACGUUCCGUUGUCAAUAUUGAAAAGACUGUCACCACCACACCGAAAGAGCUAGACCUCACUCAGAAAAACUGCAACAAUGGAAACAAUAUAUGCCUUGAUGUGAAAGCCUGCUUCAAAUUUUCUGUCAAACCCAAAACCUACAAUCCAACUCUGAAGGUGGCAUACACCAUCAGGGUUGAAUCUGAGAGGAAGAAACUGAAUCUUCCUUCUAGAGUCAUUUUCAAUCCACGCUCAAACAAUGAUUAUGAAAGCACUGGGGUCGUGGAGCUCAAGGGUCAAGGCACAGAAAGCUGUGUCACCAGAAAUCUCAUGCUGCAGGAAACCCUAAAAGACAAACUGAGAGGCAUUCCUAUCGAAGUGUCUGUGGAGAUCCUGAAUCCAGCUAAACGCAGGAGAAGACAGGCUGCUCUUCCUAACCUUCUUCCCAUGCUGGACUCGAACCAAGAAGCCACCACUGUGGCCAAGGUUCAAUUCAUUAAGGAAGGAUGCGGUGCUGACCAUCUGUGUCAGAGUGACCUGCAGCUACAGUAUAAAUUCCUCACCACGGAACCAAACAGACAAGUCUUCUUUCCCUUGCCCGAAGAAAAAGGAGUUCCCAUCCUAUCUCUUAGCGAUCAGAAGGAAAUUGCCCUGGAGAUUAAGGCAGUCAACCUGGGCGAAGAUGCUUAUGAAGCACAGUUGACUGCCUCUUUCCCCAAGUCCCUCUCUUAUUCUGCUGUUCGCACUCAAUCUGGUGAUAAACAGAUCAUCUGUUCAGUCAAUCAGAAUGGCUCACAAGCAGAUUGUGACCUUGGAAAUCCAUUCAAAAAGGAUGCUGAGUCAACAUUUCACAUCUUUCUGAGCACGGGAGGAAUUUCUUUGGAUACCACCGAAAUCGAAAUCGACCUUAAACUCAAAACGACAAGUGAACAGAAGCAAUUGCAAGCAUUCAAAGCCAAAGCCAUUGUUAAGAUCCAGCUGCUGUUGUCCCUCUCAGGGGUAGCCAAGCCAUCUCAGGUCUUCUUUACUGGAGAAGUUAAAGGAGAGAGUGCCAUGAAGCUGGCAAGUGAUGUUGGCAGUCCAAUUGACUAUGAAUUCAGGGUUACAAACUUGGGCAAACCCCUGAAGUCUUUUGGCAGGGCGUCUAUGAUCAUCCAAUGGCCUAAGCAUAACUCUCAAGGCAAGUGGCUGCUGUAUCUUAUGAAGAUGACUUCAACUGGCUUAGACAGCUUGAGCUGCACCAACUCAGAUGAGGUCAACAAACUCGGUUUAAAGGAGCCUUCAGUGUCAAGAACUAAGCGUGAAAUUGGGGGAACUGCAGCAGCACAAGGAACAGCCUCCCUUUUUACAGACAAAAGGAAAUACACACUUUUGUCAUGUGAUGAUGGUGCAGAGUGUAUAACUUUCACAUGUUCUCUUACGGGAAUGGACACUAAUGCUGUUAUUAGUCUACGUGCUUACCUUUGGAAUGCUACUUUCCUUGAGGACUAUGCAAAAUUAAACUACAUUGACAUUAUUGCUAAAGCAUCACUUGAUUUCAAGACCACAGCCACAAAUAUACAGCUGAAGAAUGAGCCAUCACAGGUACGCGUUACUGUAUUUCCAGAACGCAAAGUAGCACAGUACGGCGGUAUGCCCUGGUGGGUCAUACUGGUGGCCAUUUUACUAGGACUCCUCUUGCUGGGCUUACUAGUCUUCCUGCUUUGGAAGUGUGGAUUUUUCAAACGUUCUAAGUAUGAUGACAGCGUGCCCAGUUAUAAUGCCGUGCGAAUAAAGAGGGAAGAGAGGGACAAUAUGUCACGCAAAGACCGAAUGGAUUCUUCAGAGAAGAAACAGUGGAUGACUUCUUGGAAUGAGAAUGAGAGCUACUCAUAGCUAAAUGCUAACCUGUUUGAAAGCAAACUCAAGACUCCCUUCCUGAGACCUUUAAUACUUACCUUUGCACACACAACUCUUUUUUUUCUGUUACAA